AGGAGGACACCUGUGUCUCCGUCGCUCCGUGGAAUACGAGCCGGCAGUCCUGCUCUGUGGUGGCACAACUGGGGGGUCUCUGCUCUGAUCUGACCGCCUCCUGGGACUGGAUGUGGACGGAAGCUGCUGAGGCGUGAAAAAAUGCGGUUGUGGUGGUAUUCACUGUUUGGAUUUUGGAGUGUCUGUGGAGAACUGCCGUUCAUAGCAGAGAACAACGCAGCGAUGUUGGUCAACUGGAAUGCUGUUGAUGGGAAUAAGAAGCUCUACGCCAUUUAUGAUACAAGCGUCAAUGAGCCGGGGAACAUGUCUUUCGUCAAAGAAACUGUGGACAAACUCUUGAAAGGUUAUGACAUCCGUCUGCGGCCAGACUUUGGAGGUCCACCAGUUGCUGUUGGCAUGAGUAUAGAUGUGGCGAGCAUAGACAUGGUGUCAGAGGUUAACAUGGACUACACACUAACCAUGUACUUCCAACAAUACUGGAGGGAUAAGAGGCUGGCCUAUCUGGGGAUCCCGCUCAACCUGACUCUGGACAACAGAGUGGCAGACCAGCUCUGGGUUCCAGACACCUACUUCCUCAAUGACAAGAAGUCUUUUGUGCACGGUGUGACGGUCAAGAACCGAAUGAUUCGGCUCCAUCCGGAUGGCACGGUUCUCUAUGGGCUCAGAAUCACAACAACUGCCGCCUGCAUGAUGGAUCUGAGGCGGUACCCGCUGGAUGAGCAGAACUGCACUCUGGAAAUCGAAAGCUAUGGUUACACAACAGAUGACAUUGAGUUCUACUGGAAAGGAGGAGACACUGCUGUGACCGGCGUGACUCGCAUUGAGCUCCCUCAGUUCUCUAUAGUCGACUACAAACUGGUCUCCAGGAACGUGGUCUUUUCCACCGGUGCCUACCCUCGACUGUCUCUGAGCUUCAAGCUGAGGCGAAACAUCGGAUACUUCAUCCUGCAGACGUACAUGCCCUCCAUCCUCAUCACCAUCCUAUCAUGGGUGUCAUUCUGGAUAAAUUAUGACGCCUCAGCUGCCAGAGUUGCAUUAGGGAUCACCACUGUGCUGACCAUGACAACCAUCAACACCCAUCUGAGGGAGACGCUGCCCAAAAUCCCCUACGUCAAAGCUAUUGACAUGUACCUGAUGGGCUGCUUCGUGUUCGUUUUCCUGGCUCUGCUGGAAUAUGCCUUUGUCAACUACAUCUUCUUUGGACGAGGCCCUCAGAUGCAGAAGAAGCUGGCCGAGAAGGCGCUGAAGGCUAACAAUGAGCGCAGCAAGUAUGAAAAACCUAAGUCUUUUCUGGAAGGAGUCAAUUGCAAGUUUUCAUCCCUUAAACAGUCCAAUCAGGUACAAGGGCGUCGUCACUCACAGCGGGUCGAUUCCCAGGGGAAUAUUUUGCUGACAACCUUGGAGAUCCACAACGAGGUGGGAAGUAAUGAGAUUACCACCACCCUGAGUGAGACUCACAACUCCUCCUCCAUGGUGUUUGACAACUCUGGGAUCCAGUACAGGAAGCAGAGCGCACCGCAGGAUUCAGGCCGCCUCAGCCUGGACAGGAACGCACAUCUGAAGAAGACCCGGCUCCGGAGACGAUCCUCACAGUUGAAAAUCAAAAUUCCCGAUCUCACGGAUGUGAACGGCAUCGACAGAUGGUCGCGGAUCAUUUUCCCUUCUGUCUUCUCCCUCUUCAACCUCAUCUACUGGCUGUACUAUGUCAAUUAACUCAACCUCUUCUCAAUCUAACUCUUUCAGUGAGAGAAGACUUCAUGUGUUGAACCUGACAUUUUUUAUUUCAGCAAGUGCAGACUUUGCUAAAGAAGCCGUCACUCACUGUGUGCAACAAGGAGAUGUCUACACAACAUGAAUUUACAAGGACUCGUCUGCAGACAAUCACGCUCGUAUGGACACUCCGGACGUGGAUUGCUGUUUUCUUUUUUUUAUUUCUGCAGGAUUAUUCUUCUAUUUUAGGUGUGUUAUCUCAUCCAACAAAGCAUCAGUCAUUUAUUAGGUCAAAUUAAUGCUAAAUUCACUCAUAGAAUAUGGACAUGCAGGUUAAACCUGAUGACUUGAUCAUAAUUCUAUCUAAACCAGAUUUAGACACAUAAACAUGCCACUUUA